AUGGAAGAAUCUACAUCUAACAAUAAAGACGUAGGUUUGUUUCAGGGAAGUAGUCAAUUUACAUUAAUUCAAAACGUUAUUACAGAGAUUAUGUGUUUUUUAGUUGGAAUAUCAUUCAAUUAUCUCAGUGAAGUUUUAUAUUCAACAACAAAUGAUAUGGGAACAUUAAUGGGAGAUAUUUCAUUCAUAUAUUCGUUACCUUUAACAAUAUCAUUUUCAAAUAUUAUAACUGUUAUUUCAUUAAUACUAUUUACUAGUGCCUUUCAAAAAUAUCCAUUAUUUCUUUUAGCAGUUAUUUCUCUUAUUGGACAAAUCAUUAUUUCUAUUGGCAUUACUCCAUCUUUACCUUUGAUUUAUGAAGCACAUGCCUCUUAUUCUACGCCAACAGAAAUAACUGUAUUAACAAUAUGUGCACUUGCUCAUGGAAUUUUUUCAGCUUUUAAUUUUGCAUCAUUUUUACAUAUAUCAUCAUUACUAUCACAUUUUCAUUUAAUUUUGUACAUAGUAGGAAUGAAUACUGGACCUAUGUUAUCAUCCUUUUUAGAUUAUUUUGGGUAUUUUGUUGGUGGAUGGAAAAGUAAUAUGGAUUAUGUUUCUAUGAUGUUAGUGUUAAUACUUAUUGAAAUAGGGUCAUUAUGUUUGAUGAUAUUUUGUUAUUGUUACAUUAAACCUUUUAGAAAGGUUAUUAAAAUUGAGCCAACUAGUCUUGUUGUCAAAAAUGGUGUUGUACUUACACAGUGGCAUAAAAUGAAAAUUUUAUUAACCUCUUCAUUUGAUGAAAUGAAAGAGGUUGUUGUUAAUUUAAAAUACCAAGUAACAUCACUGUUAAUGGUAUAUCUAACUUCAAAUAUAUUAUAUCCAGGGAUGUUUAUUUAUUAUCAUAUCAGUGCUUCAAACCAAUUAGAUAAAAAUAAUGAUAACUAUACUUUUUUAAUGAAAAACAUCUCAAUUAUUUACACUGGGUCAUGCGUUAUUGGAAGUUUAUUUACUUUUCUUCCAUCACACAUAUCAAAAAAAACAUUAUUAGCUGCAAGUGUUUUUAGGUUAUUUGUAAUUACUACACUAACGUCUUUAAUAUCUCAAGGAGGAAUGGUAGUAGUUAAACAAUAUGGUAGUCAAUCUACCUCUCUUAUUGUGAAUAAAGUUCAUUUGCUGUUAUUUGUUUUAAUGAGCCUUAGUUCUGCAAUUAUUGGAAUAACACAGGGAUAUAUUACAUCAAUAUGUUUCAUUUCAAUGAUUAAACGAGCAGAGGAACGUGUAGCAACUUAUGUAAUGCUCUUGUCUGUAUCAUUAAUUUCAUUCAUCGGAACAGUGAUACAAAUUAUUUUAGUACUAUCCUUUUCAUCUUUAUUUGACUUUUAA